AUGUUCGCCACCGUGCGAGCGUUCAUCGUCAGGCUGGGUUGGUCUUGUUGCGGCGAGGAGUGGGGCAUCUGCCGCGUGCUGCUGCGGCACUGCGCCGCCAGCGCGGCCGCCACGCGCGCGCACGCCAGCGCCACGCUGUACGCGCUCAUGCGGCAGCACUACCAGCUGGGCAACAACUUCAGUCGAGUGAAGAUGCAGGUGACGAUGUCUCUAUCGUCCCUGGUGGGUACAUCUGCGACCCUCAGUGAGGAGUCCCUCCGUCGCGCUCUGAAAGCGGUGCUGCUGUACGCCGAGCGUGAUGCUGAACUGGCCAACACCACCUUCCCUGAACAGGUUAAAGACCUGGUGUUCAACCUGCACAUGAUCCUGUCGGAUACGGUGAAGAUGAAGGAGUUCCAGGAGGACCCCGAGAUGCUCCUGGACCUGAUGCACCGCAUCGCGCGCGGCUACCAGCACAGCCCCGACCUGAGGCUCACGUGGCUCAACAACAUGGCGCAGAAACACAUGGAGCGUUCGAAUCACGCGGAGGCGGGCAUGUGCCUAGUGCACGGCGCAGCACUAGUCGCCGAGCAGAUCAAUGCGGGCGGCCGCGGCGCAGCACUACUGCAGCACGUCACACACAACGCGCUCGACGAGAGCUGCGCCGACGCGUUACAUCACCACCUCACCCACCAGGAGCUGCAGGCAUUGCUGGAACACGCAGCGAGUGAGCUAAUGACGGCGGGCAUGUACGAGACAGUGAACGAAGUGUACAAGGCGCUCCUGCCCAUCGCUGAACAAGCGCGAGACUACAAGAAACUAGCAAACAUACACAGUAAACUGCACGAGGCGUUCACACGUAUCGAGCAGUUGCACGGCAAGCGCGUGUUCGGUUCAUACUUCCGCGUGUCCUUCUACGGCGCACGGUUCGGUGACCUGCACGGCGAGGAGUUUGUGUAUAAGGAACAUGCGCUCACCAAGCUGCCAGAGAUAUUCAGCAGGCUAGAGAAUUUCUACGGCGCCCGCUUCGGUCCCGAGAACGUGGUGAUAAUAAAGGACUCCAACUUGGUGGACCCGAGCGCGCUGGAGCCGGACAAGGCUUACAUACAGAUCACGUACGUGGAGCCAUACUUCGAGCCGCACGAACUGAGGAAACGCGUCACACACUAUGAGAGGAACUUCAAUAUCAAACGGUUUAUGUACGCAACCCCGUUCACUGCCAGCGGCCGCGCGCACGGAGACAUCGCGGAACAAUGCAAGCGGAAGACGAUACUCACCACCGCACAUCACUUCCCGUACGUCAAAACAAGAAUACAGGUGGUACAGCGGACGCAAAUCAUACUUUCGCCAAUAGAAGUAGCCAUUGAAGAUAUACAGAAAAAGAUAAACGAGCUGUGGGCGGCGACGAGCCAGGAGCCCGCGGACCCCAAGAUGCUGCAGAUGGUGGUGCAGGGCUGCAUCGGCACCACCGUCAACCAGGGGCCGCUCGAGCUCGCGCAGGUGUUCCUGGCACCUGUAGCGGAGGGCACGCAGCCUCCCACCAGACUCACCAACAAGCUGCGUCUCGCCUUCAAGGACUUCUCCAAGAAAUGUCACGACGCGCUGCGCAAGAACAAGAACCUGAUCGGCAGCGACCAGCGCGAGUACCAGCGCGAGCUCGAGCGCAACUUCCAGCGGUUCACGGAGCGCCUGGCGCCCCUCGUGCACCCGGCGCCGGGGCACGUCGCCAUGCUCACAAAUGGACUAAGCAAACCAGACUACAAGUUCCAAGCGUAA